AUGGCGCAAGAACCUCAAGAAAUAAAAAUGGAGGGAGAUCAUCAAUCUCUCACCUCUCACUUCUUGCCAACCGAAACGACAAUCCCACCACCCCCUGUCCAACAUUUUGACAUGCAAGAUCAAACGAUGACUUCUAUGAUGACUCCCACCUCUUCUCUGAUUCAUACAAUCGAUGCACCACAAACCAUUCUUCCCGAGUGUCCUGAGAUCGAAGACCCACAAAGUCAAAUCGUUCCAAUGGGACAAGUCGGCGCAAAGGCAAAAAAGUGUGUCAAAAAGGAAUUAGUCAAGGACAAAGAUGGUAAUAUGUUCUAUUGCUACACUUAUUUGGUCAAAAACAAGAGCGGCGAAGAACACGAACAACACGUCUAUGUCAAGAGAACUUCUAAGUCAAAAAAAGUCAAAACCGCCGGGGAGAGAGUCGUCGGGGGUCGGGUCGUUGUCGACGAGAAAGAACGAAAGGUUACAAAACAACAUCAACUCCUCGCUGAGUUCGUCGACGCACACAUCUCUCAAAUACAGACUUAUAACAAGUUCAUCGUCUCAAGAGUCCUCCAAGACGUCAAGCGGGAACAACCUGACUCAAAAGUCUCUUACGGCCUUGUAAAGAAAGUCCUCGAACAAAAGGGUCUUCUCCAGACAAAAAAAUCAUUUUAUAAACUUUAG